AUGCUAAUCGCCUCGGCCUUUGGCUGCACCGUCCGACGGCUCACCGCGGAUGAGUUUGCCGACGACCGCGUGCUCUCCGAGCCAGUGCUCGUCGCCGCCGCCAGUGCGCCGCCGCCGCUUGAGGCACUCGACGCCCUCACCGUCCGUGUCGUGAGCGCAAGCUCCGCCGACUCGAUGCUGUACUCGCAGUUUGGCCGGGGCGCAGCGCCGGCCGAGCCGCAGCGCUUCGCGGCGUUUGCUGCAAACGCCUCCGGCAUGGUCUUCUCCUUUGGCGACGAGGCGGAGACGUCGCCGGUCGAGGCCGUGAUGCCUUCGGGGCUGGCGGCUCAGGCGGCGCGGGUGCUGGAGCGGGCGAGCCUCGCGGCCGGCGACGAGUGCGCGCAGUCGCAGCCGUGGCACACACCCUUGGUCUCGGCGGGCGGGCGGCGCACCGGUCUGCGGCUGCACCAGCACGGCGCAGCUUGGCUGUACCUGCUCUCGGGUGCAAAGCGGUGGUGGCUGGCUCACCCCGAGUCGGACCUCUUUGACGAGCCGUCGCGGGCCGAGGCGGUCGCCCUCGCCUCCGUGUCCGACGAGGCACAGUGGCCCCCUCCCGGCGCUGCGCCCCUCUGCUCCGUCGAGCAGAGGCCGGGCGAGCUGCUGUUUGUGCCUGCGAUGUGGUUCCACGCGACGAGGAACACGGGCGGCGGGCUCACGCUCGGCGUCGGCGCGCAGACCGUGCUCUCGUCCCUGCCUCGCGAGGCGGCGCUGGCGGAGGUGUCUGCGCUCCACCGCGCCUUCCCUCGCUGCGCGCGGCUGGAGGCGUACUUGCUCGAGGGGGAGGAGAGGCCGACGCGGGCGAGCGCCGCGCGCCUCGCGGCGCUGGUCCGGCGGGACCCGUGGCACCUCCCCGCCCGCCUGACGCUGCUCCGCCAUUCGCUGGCCGCGGGAGGCGGCGCGGGCUCCGGGGCGGCGCUCGAGGUUGCGGCGGACCUCGAGGCGCACGUGCGCAGGCUCGUCGAGCAGCACGCAGCCCUGACACCGCUCGACGCUCGCUUCGUGCUGGGCGCGGCCGCGGAGCAGCUGCACGAGGCGGCGCGCGCUCGGCUCGCCCCCCGCGCGCGAGGCGCGCUCUCUGAGUCGGCCACGGCUCUCUUUCUGGGGAGCGCGCGGCUGCAAGACACCGCCCGCUCGCUGCUGGUCGGCGCGGGCGAGCGCGGGGCCGACGGCGCGGCGCUGCCGACUCAGCACCGCGCGGCGUGGCUCGAGGCGGUGACUCGGAUGGCCUCGUCCAGCUACGCAGGCGGCGCGCAACAGGCGGUCCGCGAGUGCGUCCGCGCGCUGCGGGCGAUGCCGCCUCACGAGGGCGAUGACGCCGCGAGCGAGGCGCGCGCCGUUGCAGAGAAACUGGCGCGAGCGCUCGGCUCGCGGGAAAGGAGGUAG